AUGUCUAUUGUGGAAUCGGCGUAUGGGCCCAUGAACGGUCACGGCCUGGUCUUUGGAUUCCUUCUGCUUAUUCUAGUUCAGAUUAUCCGCUAUUAUAUCUCCCGCAUCCGCCGUUUCCCUGGCCCUCUCACGGCGAAGAUAUCAUCCUUCUGGCUCGCAUCGCAAUGCCAAAAGGUUCGACGUUCCGAUGUAGUGAUGAAGUUGCAUAAGAAACUUGGAGACUUCGUUCAAAUUGGGCCCAACCAUGUGUCUAUCAGCAACCCUGCUGCGAUUCAACAGAUCUAUGGCCAUAAAACUGGGUUUGUCAAGGGUCCCUUUUACGAUGCGUUUCAUCAGGUAACGCCAGUUGUCUUCAACACGAGAAAUGUGUCAGAGCAUACACGAAAGAGAAAGUACAUUAACCCUGCCUUUUCAUCCCGCGCUUUGUCGGAUUUCGAACCUUAUAUGGAUGCCGAGAUCGUUGGAUGGAAGCGUCAACUACUUAAAAUUUCCAACGGAUCAAACAAACGGGUUGACUUUUCUGUCUGGACUAAUUAUCUGGCCUUCGAUGCCAUUGCCAGUUUUGCAUUUGGUGAGCCUUUUGGCUUUGUUGAAAAAGGAAAAGACGACCAUGGCCUCAUUAAAAUCAUCGACACCCGAGGGGAGUUCAUGAAUGCCCUUGGAUCUCUUUCACCUGUUCUAAGAUCAUUGAUGAAGUACAACCCUUUCGACUCAUUCUGGAAGAACGGCUUCCAGGCGUCAGCAGGUCUUGCAAAGAUUGGAAGAGAAGCAUUUGAGAAGCGAAAAGCGUCUGGAGAUAACAGUCGGAAGGACCUACUAAGCUUCCUGUUCAAUGCGAAAGAUCCAGAUACGAAGCAACCAAUUACUGAAGAUGAAAUCAUAGCUGAGUCGAUCAGCUUCAUCGUUGGUGGGAGCGACACGACGAGUAGUACAAUGACCAAUUUUAUCGACUUUGUGUCUCGCGAUGCUGAUUUACAGAGCCGGAUCCAACAAGAGAUCGACAUGAUUUUCCCAGGCGAGCCUUCUGAUGACUGGGUACCUAGUGAUAAAAGGUUGAACGAGCUAUCGCUAUUGAUUGCAACUUUGAGGGAGGUCAUGCGGUUUCGACCUACCAGUGCCACUGGGUUAGAGCGAGUGACGCCGCAAGGUGGAAAAUCUAUAGCUGGACAGUUCAUACCAGCAGAGACAUUAGUUAGCGUCCCAACCUUGGGCAUCAUGAUGGAUCCGCGGAUUUUUGAGUCCCCCGAGACCUUCAGACCAGACCGAUGGCUCGAGCCAGGUGGAGAUAAACUCAUGGAGUUCUUUUACCCGUUUUCUACAGGGCCACGAGCAUGUAUUGGAAGAAACUUCGCCUGGAUGGAGAUUUUAAAGGCUGUGGUGACUGUCUUUAAGCUAUUUGAUGUCAAGAGGAUGAACCCUAAGCCCACAGUGGUUAGAGAAGGUUUCUUCAACAAGGCCGUCGAAUGCAAAGUGGACAUUAGCAGGAGACACUUUAGUUAA